CGGCUAACCCCGCUUCUGGCGGGCGUGCAGAGCUUGCGGGUUCUGGUUAGCACACGUGUGGCGCUGUCGGUGACUCCUUUGGUAAUCCCUCUUGGUAGAGCGGCAGUGAAGGACGGAGUGGCAGCUUCAGCCUAGGCUCCUGAGCCGAUGGAGCUUGCAGCUGAGGAGGAAGGGACUCCGGGAGGAGGUCCCCAGAGGGUGGCGGAGGGGGCGCGGCCGAGGCCCGAGGCUGGUGGGGACCGAGCCUGGGACUUAGGUGGGAGCCCCGAGGCUGGCGAUGGAGAGGAGAGGAACGGACUGACAGGAAUUACGACCACAGAGGAUGUGGAGGAGAUAAAGGUGGACUUAGCUGUGGUGAAGCAGGAAGUGGUGGACUGGUCGGAUAUAGACGGUGGCAUAUCGGACAGCUACUGGGUAAAGCCGGAGGUGGAGGGCGGGCCUGAGGUGAAGGAUGAGAAAGUAGGCGUGGUGGAGGUGAAGCAGGAGGCAGAUGGUAGCCUGGUGGUGAAAGAAGAGCCGGUGGAUGAGCCGGAAGUAAAGGAGGAGACCGUGAAGGUGAAGGAGGAGGUGAUGGACUGGGAAGGAGUGAAGGAGGAGGACCUGGACGUCAAACAGGAGUUGUUUGUUGGUCAGAACGUAAAGGAGGAGCAGAUGAUGGAUGGAGUGCACGUCAAGGAAGAGGCCUGCCUCAAGAGAGAAGUGAUGGAUGACAGGAAGGUGAAGGAAGAGCCUCAGAUGAAUCCCCGAGUGGGCUGCAAGAGGAAACUGGCUAUGUCAAGGUGUCAGACUUGUGGGACAGAAGAAGCCAAGUACAGAUGUCCACGCUGCCUUCGAUAUUCCUGCAGUUUGCCCUGUGUAAAGAAGCACAAAGCAGAACUGCCUUGUAAUGGAGUCCGAGAUAAAACUGCUUAUGUCUCACUACAGCACUUUACUGAGAUGAAUCUCCUCAGUGACUAUCGAUUUUUGGAAGACGUGGCAAGAACAGCAGACCAGGUUUCAAGAGACACUUUCUUGAAAAGACCAAAGCGCAAAAAAUAUCUGUUCUUUAUGAAAAAUCGUGCCCGAAAGCAAGGUAUUUUCUUGAAGCUUCUACCCAAUGGAUUCAGCAAGAGGAAAGAGAACUCAACAGUUUUUGAUCAUAGGAAGCAGCAGUUUUGCUGGCAUGUAAAGCUCCAGUUUCCUCAGAGUCAAGCUGAGUAUGUGGAAAAAAGAGUACCAGAUGAUAAAACUAUUAACGAAAUUCUAAAACCAUACAUCGAUCCUGAAAAGUCUGAUCCUGUGAUUCGUCAAAGAUUGAAAGCCUAUGUACACUCAAAGACUGGGGUCCAGAUUUUAAUGAGGGUUGAAAAUAUGCAGCAAAAUUUCGUAAGAUAUUAUGAACUGGAUCCUAACAAAAGUCUUUUAGACAAUUUGAGGAACAAAGUGAUCAUUGAAUAUCCAACUUUGCACGUAGUAUUGAAAGGAUCUAGUAACGGCAUACAACUUCUUCACCAAGUGAAAAGUGAAUCUACCGAGAAGCCUGGCAAUGAAGAUUGAGCACUUGUGGAAGAAGGUGGAAGUUCCCAGAUGGUUGAGAAGAUUGUGUGUGGAUGGACAGUUGGGUGGGUGGGGUACUGUCAGCUGGUGGUUGGAAUGUGUUAUUUGUAUAAAAGGAAAUUAAACAAUAUAACUUCCUUUUUUUCUUUCUUUUUGAAAAAAGUGUAUUUUGUUGCCUUUUGAAUGAACUGAGAUCCAAAGCCUCUUUCACAGAAUGAACCCCUAUGCACCUGAUUAGUGGAGUCCUCACUAGAUUUUAAUAUGCUUAUUUCUGUAAACUGAAACAUUUGUAUUUGUUAGGGUGACACAGGACCAAACCCAAGGAUCACCUGGGUCAGCCACAAAGAUGGCCCUCUCUGUGGUCACAGCUCACUGAAGAGAAUGCUACGCAGCGAAGCGUCUAGCCAAGUCGAAGCACUCUCCCAAGAGUUUACCGUCCUUUACCGUGUUUGGUUUUUCUGUAACCCCUCUUAAGACAAUUCAUACUUGAGAUACUCUCGAUCUUACGGGAAGAUGAAAAAAACACGAGUCACUGUGUGUUAUGUUCAGUUAAAAAGAUCAGCAGUUCCAUGUUGAGUUAUCCUUGAUGACAUCUUCACACAGGUUCUGUGCCUCAUCCAUUCCCAGUUGACUCUGUUGAUGCACAGGGAUACAAUGAUGACCAAUUUGGUGUUAUAUUUUGACACAUCUAAAGGAAACAACCACUUGGAAUUCUUGAGUGUGUUGAUGAAGUGUGUGGAGGUAUAGUGAUGUGUGUACAUGGCUUGAUUUUUAAACAGUUCACAUACUAAAAUUAAACUUUGAUCAUUUCAUGUACAUUUAUGAAGCUCUGAAACUUUAGUUUGACUAUAGAAGAAUAAAGAAUUACAUCUGCAUUGCA